AUGGCGGACGGUGAGGAUGCCCCGAAGAAGCGAACUUUCAAGAAGUACUCCUACCGCGGGAUCGAUUUGGACAAGCUGCUUGACAUGAGCAACCAGGAUCUCAUGGAGCUCUUCUGCGCCCGACAGCGCCGAAAGUUCAGCCGAGGGAUCAAGCGCAAGCCAAUCACAGUGCUCAAGAAGCUCCGCAAGGCGAAGCGCGAAACGGCAUAUGGCGAGAAGCCCGAGGCGGUGAAGACACACCUCAGAAACAUGGAGAUGAUCGGCCACUACCUGGGAGAGUUCUCGAUCACGUACAAGCCGAUCAAGCAUGGAAGGGCCGGAAUGAUGAGCAAGAACUCGCAGUUUGUGCCCCUCAAAUAA